AUCGGCGUCCUCUGGUUCCUUUCGUUCAUCAUCGGCCUGACGCCGCUGAUUGGUUGGAACAAUAUGGGUCAGAACUGCAACGAGACACAGACCCCCUGCCUGGUGACCUGCCUCUUCGAGAACGUGGUGCCCAUGACCUACAUGGUCUACUUCAACUUCUUUGGCUGCGUCCUCCUGCCGCUCUUCAUCAUGCUCUGCAUCUACAUCAAGAUCUUCGUCGUCGCCUGCAAACAGCUGCGGCAGAUCGAGCUGGUGGGCAACUGCCGGAUGACGUUGCAGAAGGAGGUCAACGCCGCCAAGUCGCUGGCCAUCAUCGUGGGCCUGUUUGCCCUCUGCUGGCUGCCGCUGCACAUCCUCAACUGCCUGACUCUCUUCUACCCGACGUUCAAGGAGAGCAAGCCCGGCUGGAGCAUGUAUUUAACCAUCAUCCUCUCCCACACCAACUCGGUGGUCAACCCCAUGAUUUACGCCUACCGCAUCCGGGACUUCCGGUACACUUUCCGGAAGAUCCUGAUGCGCUACGUCCUGUGUAAGGACGAGGAUUUUCCCAAGUACCCCAAAGGGAGCACCUGCGGCGGCAGCAGCCAUCACCUGGCGGUAAAUAACCUGAACACGUCGCCGACCUACGUUUGAGGUCAGCGGGAAAGCCAGGAGGACUUUGAUCUGUCCCUUAUUCGGGGCAGGACACAGGGGACCCCCAUUCAGCGUGACGCUGCUGCCAGGAGAUUCACAAUAAGCUCAAAGGACCUG